AAAAUUCCCAAUUUCGUCGCUGUUGUCGCGAACAUUCCUAUGUCUCUCUCUCUCUCUCUCUCUCUCUCUCUCUCCUCGCACCAAUUCUCUGAAAUUCUCUUUUUAAUAAUUUUGGAUUCAUCGCAAAUCCAAAGCAUCUGAGACCUCCUUUUAAGAAGUUUGUUUUCAUAAUUUUGCUUGUUAGUUCUACGAAGAGAAAGAAUCGUGCAACUCAUCUACGUUUUAGGUUGCUUGAUUAGCUAGUAUAAAGUUCUAUUUUUUUCGUUUUGCAAGUGACCUCAAGCUAAUCUACAAAAAAGAUUGUAGAUUGUGAAUAUUAAUUAUUACAUUAUUCAAAUUUUCCUGGAUUUUUGUACGUUUUAAGUGCAUUUAGGUUUAGGAGCACGAAAUUUUCAGCUUUAGAACUGAUUGGAUUUUCAUCAAACAAGUUUUAAUUUUUCAAGAUGUUUUUAAACGAACAAUUGGAUAAAUUCAAGAAGCAACAAGAGAAGUGUCAGGCAACUCUUGCAAACAUUGCUGCCAAAUCUUCAAAGACAUCAUCCUCUAGGGCCCCGCCUGUAGCGGCAUCACCUCUGCCAAGGACUCCUGCUCCUGCUGUCAAAUUUUCAAAUGAUACAGAGAGACUUCAACAUAUUAAUAGCAUCCGAAAAGCCCCUGUUGGGGCUCAGAUUAAGCGUGUUAUUGACCUUCUCUUGGAGACAAGACAAGCCUUUACACCUGAGCAAAUUAAUGAAGCAUGUUAUGUUGAUGCAAAAGCCAACAAAGCUGUUUUUGACAGCUUGAGGAACAACCCAAAAGUCCACUAUGAUGGGAGACGCUUCUCCUACAAGUCCAAACAUGAUGUGAAGGACAAGAAUGAACUACUUGUCUUAAUUCGAAAAUUUCCAGAGGGAAUCGCUGUCAUUGAUCUUAAAGAUGCAUACACAACUGUGAUUGAGGAUUUACAGGCUUUAAAAGCUGCGGGCCAGAUUUGGCUAUUGUCAAAUUUUGAUUCACAAGAAGACAUAGCCUACCCUAAUGACCCUAGGGUGCCAAUCAAGGUGGAUGAUGACCUUAAGCAACUUUUCCGAGAGAUUGAAUUACCUCGUGACAUGCUAGAUAUUGAGAAGGAUCUUGCAAAGAAUGGCAUGAAGCCUGCUACCAAUACUGCCCAGAGGAGGGCUGCAGCACAGGUCCAGGGCAUUUCCACCAAAGCCAAGCCCAAGAAGAAGAAGCAUGAGAUCAGCAAGAGAACCAAGCUGACCAAUGCACAUCUUCCAGAGCUUUUUCAAAAUCUAAAUGGCUCUUAAAACUUGAGGCCAUAUAAAUAGUUUGUUGGACUGCCCAUUUGGACAUGCUCAUAUUUUGACUUGGUCGUCAAGCUCCUUAUAGCAAGUUGUGCCUUUAUGUAGAUAAGGAUCAUCUGAGAUAGCACUAAGAUAUCAAGUGAAUUGCUCUGAUGUGGUAAGAAUUUCUCAUGGCUUACAAUUGCUUGAUUACACCUACGUCUUCUUUAGUUCAAACUUAUUGGGAGUGGUUAAAAUUUACUUUUAACUUUUCUGUCUAGAAUCUUCAAUCCCUUGCUUGAAAGGGAAUUGUAUGUUUCUGACUUUGGAGUCUGAUCAUAUAGAAUCUUCUCAGAUAUAAUACAGUAUAGAAUUUUCUUGGUAA